UUGUGGCGAGUGUGAUUGGUCAGCGUAGGUGGAAGUGCUACAAACGGUGUCAUUCACAAACUAACAAGAUUACUUUUCAAUCGUGAUAAAGAAUGAAAUCAACUUUAAACCUGUUUUGAGUUCCCUUUUGUCUGGCAUUUUCUAAUAAGGACCAUUGUGAAACCAAUCUGAGGACGUAUGUUGCCUUCUCUACACUGAUUUAUCAAAAGAUCACACUGCGAUACUUUGUUAAAGUUAUACGGUUUUAAAAAUGUCCUCUAAAAUGGCCAGCUCAAACAACCUGGUACAUGCUAGGAAGAUGGUACAGCAACUGAGAGUUGAGGCCAGUAUUGAGAGGAUAAAGAUAUCGAAAGCCUCAGCGGACCUCAUGCGGUACUGCGGAGAGCACGCCAAAUAUGACCCUCUGCUCAUGGGCAUCCCUACAUCAGAAAACCCUUUCAAGGACAAAAAGCCUUGCAAUAUAUUGUAGUGGAACAUGCACUACAAACGCCUUAUUUAAAUACUUUUACUCAACUUUGCCUUAAGUCCAAUUUUAGCUCUUUAGUAUAACUUUGUGCCAUGUUUUAACUAUAUCUAGUUCUUGCAGUAUUUAUUACUGUAAAUAAACAUCAUUCAGUACUAAUUAAUUGCCAUCUUGGUAAUUAUUAGCAAUGCACAGCUAUUGGAAGUUUGUUUUUACCAACAUCCCUUGCAGUUUGUUUGGUGGUUUGAGCCCAACUAAAGUCAUUCCAACAACAUAAUCUCAUAAUUCAAGCUAAUUUUAGAUAGUUAUAGAUCUUUUACCAAACUGUUGCUUUAGCAGUUUUUAUGUAAGAGCUUGCGACUACACCGCCUAUAUGGUUAAAUGCCUCUUAACAUCCAAGACGUAGAUGUGGGUUAUCAAUUUUCUGUAGUAGCACAUAAGAUUUUCUUAACAGCAAAGGGAUUGACAUAAAUGUAUUUCAAAGAAAUUCAAGUGCGUGCUGGGUAAAUAAAGCAAUAUAGAAAGUGAUACUAUUUGUGCUCAGUGGAAUGCAGUAGCACCACUAUAUGUGUAAACACAUUGCAGAAGAAGUAUUGGAGUGGCUGCAUUGUUUAAUGGGAUAAAAACUUGAUUCCAAUACUGUAUCCUGCAUUUUCAAUCCUAAUAAUAAUAACUAUUAUUAUUAUUAUUAUUAUUAUUUUCAAUCCUAUGUGCCUUUGGUUAUUGAUGAUCUAGCAUUUCUCAUUGGUUUUAGAUGUAUUCAAUGAGGCUUUGUCUUAAUGGACCCUGACCAAGUUGUUUAUUCCGUUUUUCUUUUUUUUUACAUUUUCAAUGUAAGAGCACCUAUUCUUUGAUUUAAACUUGAUCUCUUUGUCAAGGCACAUUUUCCAAAACGAAGACCACUGCUGUUUGAUUCCACUAGUGCAUAUGAAUUUAAUGCAUAUUUAGGAUGGUCACAAACAUACGUUUAACAUUCAAACCUCAAAUGAACUUGAUGCUGCAAGGUCUGUUAUUUUGGAGACAUCUGAGAAGUUAUGCAGUAUUUGUGAUCCUGCUCUUUACAACCAAAUCCCUGUGACCUUAUUUUUGUGAAGUUUCUUUUUGAUCGUUUUCUUUUUCUAAUUCUGUACCUUUGCGAGUCUUCAUAACAUGUACUAUUUACGUACUGAACCUUGAAAGAUUUUAUUAAAAUUGUGAAAUAGUAAAACUUCAAAAA